ACACAAAAUCUAUGCUUAUAAACUCAGUGCCUCAAGAAAUUAAGCCACCAACAAUUAUUCUUCUUCAACUUCAUUCUAUUUAAAGAAAGAAGAGCUUUAUAAAUUUAUCCAAAAUCUCACUCAUUAUUCUCUUUGAUCAUUUGCUCUUAAAUCAAUUAUCAUUACUAGUAUAGCAUAUAGAAUCCAAGAUGCAAAACGAAGAAGGUCUCAACCACCACCAAUCUGCGACGCGCCGCCCUCCGCCGGCCAAGAGGCUCGACCGGACCAAGUCCGCCGCCGUGCAGGCUCUCACGGGACUCAAGUUUAUCAGCAAGACCGGCGGCACCGCCACCUGGGCCGAGGUGGAGAAGCGGUUCGACAAGCUCACUUUCACCACCAAUAGACUGCUGCCACGUGCGCUCUUUGGCGAAUGCAUUGGCAUGAAGGAGUCGACGCAGUUCGAUGGCGAGCUCUUCGACGUGCUUGCCCGGAGGAGUAAUAUCUCCGGCGACUCCAUCACAAAAGAACAGCUGAAACACUUCUGGGAUCAGAUAGCUGAUCCUAGUUUCGAUCGUCGCCUUCAAACAUUUUUUGACAUGGUUGAUAAAAAUGCAGAUGGCAGAAUCUCUGAAGAUGAAAUCAGGGAGAUUAUAAGCGUGAGUGCUUCGGCAAACAAGCUGUCGGACAUUGAAAAGCAGGCAGAUGCAUAUGCAAGAGUGAUCAUGGAAGAAUUAGACCCCGACAAUCUGGGCUUCAUCAUGAUAGAAAAGUUGGAGAUGCUCCUACUGCGGGGGCCGGAGCAGGCGGACGGCGACGAGAGCCGGAAUCUGAGCAAGAUGAUGAGCGAGAAGCUGAGGCCCACAGAGGGGCGGUGGUUCAGCGACGCCGCGUAUUUUGUGGAGGACAACUGGCAGAGGGUGUGGGUGUUGGCGCUGUGGAUUGGAGCAAUGGCGGCGCUCUUCGCCUACAAAUACGUGCAGUACAGAAACAAGGCGGCGUUUGAGGUGAUGGGCCACUGCGUGUGCGCCGCCAAGGGCGCGGCGGAGACGUUGAAGCUCAACAUGGCGUUGAUUCUGUUGCCGAUGUGCCGCAACACCAUUACUUGGCUCAGGAACAGGACUAGAUUAGGAGCGGCGAUUCCCUUCGACGACAAUAUCAAUUUCCAUAUGAUCGUUGCGACGGCGAUUGGGAUAGGAGUUGGAAUACACGGGAUAAGCCAUCUGGCGUGCGAUUUUCCUCGACUCCUCCGCGCGAGCCCGGAGGAGUACGAGAAGAUGGCACCAUACUUUGGAAACGAUCAACCAAAGAGUUAUUGGCAUUAUGUGAAAGGAUUUGAAGGUGUGACAGGGAUUGUGAUGGUGGUUUUGAUGGGCAUAGGAUUCACACUUGCAUCGCCUAUGCUUAGAAAUAACAAAGUGCAUCUACCAAAACCUUUGGACAAACUCGCAGGCUUCAAUGCCUUUUGGUAUUCACACCACCUAUUCAUCAUUGUCUAUUCCCUUCUCAUUCUUCAUGGAAUCAACCUAUAUUUGACACAUGACUGGUACAACAAAACAACGUGGAUGUACGUGGCCAUUCCAAUCACAAUUUAUGCUGGUGAAAGAUUAAUUAGAGCCUUCAGAUCCAGCAUCAAACCUGUCAAGAUCCUUAAGGUGGCAUUCUACCCUGGAAAUGUGCUAGCACUGCACAUGUCUAAGCCUCAAGGAUUCAAAUAUAAAAGUGGACAAUAUAUUUUUGUCAACUGUAGUGCUGUCUCUCCAUUUGAAUGGCACCCAUUUUCAAUAACUUCAUCUCCUGGAGAAAAUUAUCUGAGUGUUCACAUUCGGGGCCUCGGUGACUGGACCAAACAAAUCAAACAUGUAUUCUCAAAGGUAUGUCAGCCGCCACCUACAGGAAAGAGUGGACAUCUCAGACCCGAUUUUUUGGAAGUAGAAAAUAAUCCCAAGAUCCCUAAAGUAUUGAUUGACGGUCCUUACGGAGCACCAACGCAAGACUACAAGGACUACGAAGUUGUCCUACUAAUAGGGCUUGGGAUCGGAGCGACCCCAAUGAUCAGCGUGGUGAAGGACAUUGUCAACAAUAUAAAAGCCAUGGAGGACGAAGAGAAUGCGAUGGAGGAGGGAGGCGGGAGCAGAACCGGACCUUCGCCGCCCUCCCCGAUGCCCAAAAGAAAAGUGGGAUCGGGUAGCGAUAAACAUGAAUUUAAGACAAGAAGGGCUUACUUCUAUUGGAUGACUAAAGAGCAAGGUACGUUCGAUUGGUUCAAGGGUGUGAUGAAUGAGGUUGUUGAAAUGGAUCAUAAUGGAGUCAUAGAAAUGCACAAUUAUUGCACGAGUGUGUAUGAAGAAGGGGAUGCUCGAUCUGCCCUAAUUUCUAUGCUUCAAUCGAUCAACCAUGCUAAAAAUGGAGUCGACGUUGUCGCGGGGACUAGGGUUAAGUCACAUUUUGCUAGGCCCAAUUGGAGGACAGUCUACAAGAGAAUCGCUCUCAAUCAUCCAGAAUCGAGAGUUGGAGUGUUUUAUUGUGGAGCACCAGCACCGGUGAGAGAUCUAAGAAAGCUAGCUCAUGAUUUUUCUCACAAGACCUCCACCAAAUUCGUAUUCCACAAAGAAAACUUUUGACAUUUUAAUGUAGAAGUUUGAAUAUUGAUUUGGUGGGAAAAAAACAAAAAUUGUAAUCUUAUUUUGCAGUUUUAAUCAAACUGGUGACUUUAAUUAAGUUCUUUUGUUAUGUAAUAAAGUUUAGCCACUGCAAUCAAUAUUACAGAAUUGGUGGGUAAUUAUUUUGACUUUGCUUAUAA